AUGCUGUCGGCAGAGCAUCUCGAGUGCCCCGUGUGUCUCGAAGUCCGCGACGGGCACAUCCACCAGUGCCAAGCAGACCACCUCGUCUGCGCCGAAUGCGACCGCGGCCUGACCACGCGGCUGUGCCCGACGUGCCGCGAGCCCCUCCACUCCCUUGCGCAGCCAAACCGCAACCGCUUCGCUGAGCGAAUGAUCGCGCGGCUGCCGGCGGCAUGCGACCACUGCGGCGCGGCGACAACGCGCGGCGACAAGGCCGGCCACGAGCUGGACUGUCCACAGCGGUGGCUUUCGGAGGGCCUUGGCGUCAAGCCAAAGCCAAAGCCGGUAGUGAUCAAGAAGUGGUGCGAGGAGAUCAAGGUCGGCACGUGGAUGUCUGGCGAUGGCACGGUCGUCUUUGAGCCGGACAUCUUCCACUGGGUGCCACCGCGGGAGGUGCCGGGCGUCGGCAUCGUCACCCUCAAGAUGCGGACGUCGAGCAUUAGUCAGGCUGUCUUUGACAAGCGGAGCAACGUGCUCAAGGUCCGCGGCCUUGUGGAGGUGCCAAUGGACAAGCUCGUACGCUACUACGACUGCUUCGCCAGCCCCGACUCGCCCAAGGGCUACCUUUGGCUCACGUUCCAAAACUACGAGGAGUUCACCGAGGUGAUCAAGGCGGUGCCGCGGCUGAAGGCGAGGAUCACCUUCCGGAACUCGCUAUUCGCUGCUACGAGCCGCGGCGGCGGCUCCGGCGGCUCCAGCGCCGAAGCGCGGAGGAACGCGGUGGAGGAGAACUCCUCGACUGAUGAGGAGGACCUUCCACUUAGUAGGCGCCUGUUAUCGAGAUAGAUGCCGCGCCCAGAACUGACAUCUGUCCGAGGGCGAGCGUAAAGCCGUAUGCUGUGAAAUUUACGUUAAAAUUCUUUUUUAGUGCUGUGAGAGCGCGGCUUGUAUUUUAAGAAUUCUUUUUAUAUUC